UCUCAGUAAGUAACUUAGUGGUCAGUGAAUAACUCCCAUCAGUGUUAAUACCUCUCCGUCUCUUUAUUUGCAGAUGAAAAUGAUUUAACCAGCACCAUGAAGAGCUGAUCAUAUGUAGUUUAGAGGUCUGUAACUCGGGGUUGGAGAAAAGCUGGAAUGGCCUCUAAACUAUUCGACAGACUUCGCCGUACGCUAUUCAAAGAAGGGGAGCUUCCUUCAGAGACGGACGGUCACGGAGCAGAUGACUUUCCAGAAAGUUCUGAGCUUGAGGAUGACACAGACUGCGUGUCGGCCAGACUCGGAGGAACCCUGUGCUUUGAGGGUGAUGGGGUCCUGGACUCUGAGGAUGCAGGAGACGCGUCAGGGCCAGACAGCGACUCUGACUUUUUUGGAGAGUCCAUAGAUAAUGCAUGUAGCAGCACAGAAACCAGCCCAAUAGGUCCUUCCCCAAAAACCUCCAACAUGAUCACCAGACAACUACAAGAAAACUGGCGGAGCUCAAAAACUCGUUGCAUUCCUGAAAAACUUAUUUUUGAGGUGACUGACGCCAGUGUUGUGCAUGAUACAAAUUCCAAGUAUGUGCUCUACACGAUUCACGUAAUCCAUUCUGGGACGUUUGACAAAACUCCCGCGGUCAUCACGCGGCGCUACACUGACUUCGAGCGUCUACACAGCCGCUUGCGCCGCCGCCACGGAGACGAGAUGGAUGGCGUGUUCUUCCCUCGCAAGAAGCUGCGCAAGAACUUCGCCGCCGAGACCAUUGCCAAGCGCAGCCGGGCAUUCGAGCAGUAUCUGACCCACCUUCACUCCCUUCCUGAACUACGGAUCACACCUACGUUUCUUGAGUUCUUCUACCUGGGUGAUCUGCGCGCGGGCCAGAUGCUGAUGCGAGUGGGCCGGUACCAAGACGCCCUGGGCUCUCUUCUCAAUGCUCUGCGACUCCAGGAGAAGUUAGGAUGCCAUCAGCUCCUGCAGCUCAACCAGCUCCAGAGGGUUCAUUGGUUCUUCACGCUCUCCGCCUUGGUCACCUGCUUUCAAGAACUAGAACAGCUCAGUGAGGCUCAGGAACACUGCGACCGAGCCCUGCAGGACCUAGCGCCUUCCCAGGAGGCUUUGCAGCAGCACCAGUUGCACCCUCUGCUCAUCCCGCUCCUCCAAUCCAACGUCAGGCUGUCCUGGAAGAUCUCGAAGGACAAGAGGCGCUGGGAGGCUCUUCUGCAGGACAUCCAGGAGCAGGGGAUUGAUAUCGGGAAUCAGCCCAACCUAAAGGAGUGUCUAAUUAAAGAGAGCAUCGAGGACAGUGAAGGGCUGGUCAGGGCUAAGAGCAAAAGUGAAGAUGCCCCGUAAGAAUUCAGGUUUAUUAUUGUUUUGAAUAUGAGCAUUAGAGGUUAUGAGGGAUGAUUCUGAUAUGUAUGAUAGUUUACUAAGGAAACCUGUGGAAUUAAUACUAACUUGUAUAAUGCACAAUAUGCAAAAUACACAUACAUUUCAUGGGCACAUUUCAGUAGUAUUUAUUAUAGACUUAUUCUUUAUUUGGCAACUCUUUACUAUAUGAUUCAAUUUGUUAACAUUACUUAAAGGAGUAGUUGACCAAAAAUGAAAAUAUGCUUAAAAUUUACUCACCCUCAGGCCAUCCAAGACGUAGAUGAGUUUGUUUUUUCAUCAGAACAGAUUUGGAGAAAUUUAGCAUUAUAUCACGUGCUCAACAAUGGAUCCUCUGCAGUGAAUGGGUGCCGUCAGAAUGAGAGUCCAAACAGCUGAUAAAAACAUUACAAUAAUCCAAAAGUAAUCCACAUGACUCAAAUCUGUCAGAUAAUGUGUGGUGUGAAGUGAAAAGCUGCAUGUUUGCAAGAAACAAAUCCAUCAAGACAUUUUUAACAUUAAACUCUCGAUUCUGGUGAAAUUAUUUUAUAAUAAUUAGUGCUGUCAAAUGAUUAAUCACGAUUAAUCGCAUCCAAAAUAAAAGUUUUUGUUUACAUGAUAUGUGUGUGUAUUGUGUAUAGUUAUUAUGUAUAUAUAAAUACACACACAUACAGCAUAUAUUUUGAAAAUAUUUACAUGUAUAUAUUUAUAUACAUAUAAUUUGUAUCAUAUAUAAAUAUUUAAUAUAUAAACGUUACAUAUUUUUCUAAAAUAUAUACAUGCAUGUGUGUGUUUAUAUAUACAUAAUAAAUAUACACAGUACACAGACCUAUCAUGUAAACAAAAACCUUUAUUUUGGAUGAGAUUAAUCGCGAUUAAUCGUUUGACACACUAAUAAUAAUGCUUCCUCUAGUGAAAAAGUCAAUUUCCUGUUGUCCUCUCAUUUUGUAUUUUGGACUGUUUUUACUUAUAAAUGGUGCUUGAUCUCUGCAUAUUUCUCCCCUGAUUCAGAUGAAAUGAGACUUUUUCACAGGAGAAAGUUAUAUUAUGAAACUCGUAUUUUAGCCAGUUUGACGUUAAAAACAUCUUAGUGAUGGAUGGUUUAAUAUAAACAUGACUCUUUUCUCUUUGCAAGUUGUUAAUUGAUGGACUAGAGUCGUGUGGACUACUUAUGAAUUAUGUUUUUAUCAGCUGUUUGGACUCUCAUUCUGACGGCACCCAUUCACUGCUAAAUAAUAUAUUUAAUUUCUCCAAAUAUGUUCUGAUGAACAAACUCUUCUACAUCUUGGAUGGCCUAAUGGUGAAUAAAUGUUCAGCAAAUUUUGAUCUUUGGGUGAACUAUUCCUUUAAUGCAUUCGGCAUUAUAAACUAAUAAUACUUAUGCAGAGUUUAAUUUCUACACUAAAUAUGCUAAAACAUUUUUCAAGUUUAAAUUAACAGUAGUUAAUGAUCAAGUCAGCAAUAAAGUAAUUUAUAAAUUAAUAUUCAACUGCAUUAAUAAAUGCUGAAAUAUAUAUGAAGAGUUCAUUUGCAAAAACAGAUAAAUCAUGUUUUUUCAUUGUGCAUUCCAAUUAAUGUCGAUGAAACUGCAGUUUUUGUUUUUUUGACUAGGUUAAAAAAAUAACUAAAAAAACAGCUAACUAACACAAAACACAAUAAAAACGAUAACAAUAAAAAACAUGAUUUUUGAAAAUUAAAAAAAAAAUCUGUUUUUGCAAAUAAACUCUUCUCAUAUAUGUGUAUAUAUAUAUAUAUAUAUAUAUAUAUAUAUAUAUAUAUAUAUAUAUGCAUUUAUUAUUAUUAGUAGUAGUAGUUUAUUAUAGCUCUAAUGCUUUAACUGGUGUCAACAAAUUGAACUUGUAAAUUGUUACCCUUUAUUUUUGUAUCCUAUAAAAUCGUCACCUGGGAACCGUGUUUUGGUGUGACACAGAACUUUUGAACCACUUAAUUCCUUAUUUUCAGCUGUCAUGAGUUGCAGCCCGGUUGUUUUGUGUCUUAUGUUUAGUAGCCUUGAGCUACACAAACUAUCAGCCUUCAUUUAGCACCUCUAGCACACAUUAUUUAGAGUGGACAUUGGAAAGAAUUAAACGAGGCUGUCUACUCUAAAUUCUGCUGUUUACAUUCAGCUACCUUGGACUGAUUUGCCUUUUUGGUGAAGAAUGCAGUAUGGAUUAUUAAAGUAAAGGGAAUUUCCUCUUUCGGUGUAAAUUAUAAAUUGAUUGAUUGUCAGAUACUGCUACAACAGCUUUUGGUGCUGUGAACUACAAUUUGAAUCUUUAUGUUUUGUUGUUGAGCUCAGAGUGCUUUUAAAACUUCAGGUCACAACAGUUUAUUUAGGCAGUGCAAAUAACACUAAACAUUGCUUUUUUAAAUGUUUUUUUUUUUCAAAAUAAUAUGAUUGAUGCCUUGAUAUUUCAGACAGAGCCUUUUUAUUGAAUAAAUACGCUCAAAAAUUCAAUGUAUACUGGUUAAACAGAUUACGGUCUUUCCCUACGUUACCUACUAAAUUUUAACUUGAAUAUAUUUAUUUAUAUAUUUAUUUAUACUCUUCACAAAGCUGUUUUACAAGUUUUCACACAUUUGGUAAUUUUAAAGGUGCAUUUUGGCAAACUAAAAAGCCUUUGCAAUAACUAAAUGCUUCCAGGUUUUUAUUUCAAUUUUGUAUUUCAAAUGAUUUUAUGCACUGAAAUUGUUCAAGGAAAAUUCCAGUUUGUAGGUCAAUAAACUAUUUGCA